GGGUGGGCGGGCGGACGCCGGAGGUGGCGGAUCCAAGAUGGCGCCGUGCGGACGUGUCCGGAGCCGCUGCCCGGGCCCGGCGCUGCUCCUGCUGCUGGCGCUGGCGGCGCGGCCGGCGGCGCCCAGCCCUGCUGCCGGCAUUCCCGGUCCCGGCGGUGCUCCGCCCGCAGCGGGGCAGCCGGGGGGGCCGGCCGCGGCUGCCCCGCGGAGCGCCCGCGGCGGCGGGUCGGGCAGCGGGUGGAAGCUGUCGGAGGAGGCGGUGUGCCGGGAGGACGUGGUGCGGCUCUGCUCCAAGCACAGCUGGGCCAACAACCUCGCCGUGCUCGAGUGCCUGCAGGAUGUCCGCGAGCCAGAUAAUGAAAUCUCUUCAGACUGCAAUCAUCUCUUGUGGAACUACAAGCUGAACCUGACUACAGAUCCAAAGUUUGAAUCCGUGGCCAGAGAAGUCUGCAAGUCCACUAUUGCUGAGAUAAAGGAGUGUGCAGAUGAACCAGUUGGUAAAGGGUUCUUGGUGUCAUGUUUGGUGGAUCACAGAGGCAAUAUCACUGAGUACCAGUGCCAUCAGUACAUCACUAAAAUGACAGCCAUUAUCUUCAGUGAUUAUCGGUUGAUCUGUGGCUUCAUGGAUGACUGCAAAGCUGACAUCAAUCUCCUGAAAUGUGGCAGCAUUCGACCUGGAGAAAAGGAUGCUCACUCACAAGGAGAGGUGGUGGCAUGCCUGGAAAAAGGCCUGGUGAAAGAGGCAGAAGAGACUGAUCCUCGAAUCCAGGUUUCUGACCAGUGUAAGAAAGCAAUUCUUCGUGUAGCUGAGCUCUCUUCUGAUGACUUCCACCUGGACCGCCAUCUCUACUUUGCGUGCCGAGAUGACAGAGAGCGAUUCUGUGAAAAUACUCAGGCUGGGGAAGGCCGAGUAUACAAGUGCCUCUUUAAUCACAAGUUUGAAGAAUCAAUGAGUGAAAAGUGUCGUGAUGCACUGACCACCCGCCAGAAGCUCAUUGCCCAGGACUACAAGGUCAGCUACUCGCUGGCCAAGUCCUGUAAAAGCGACCUGAAGAAAUACCGCUGCAACGUGGAGAACCUGCCCCGCUCGCGGGAGGCCCGGCUCUCCUAUCUGCUGAUGUGCUUAGAGUCUGCUGUGCACAGAGGUCGACAAGUGAGCAGUGAGUGCCAGGGUGAAAUGCUGGAUUACCGGCGCAUGCUGAUGGAAGACUUCUCUCUGAGCCCCGAAAUCAUCCUGAGCUGCCGCGGGGAGAUCGAGCACCACUGCUCCGGCCUCCAUCGCAAGGGCCGCACCCUGCACUGCCUGAUGAAAGUCGUCCGCGGCGAGAAGGGCAACGUGGGGCUCAACUGUCAGCAGGCACUUCAAACCCUGAUUCAGGAAACGGACCCCGGUGCCGAUUAUCGCAUCGACCGCGCGCUGAAUGAGGCCUGCGAGUCGGUGAUACAGACAGCCUGCAAGCACAUACGGUCUGGAGACCCCAUGAUUCUGUCUUGCCUGAUGGAGCACUUGUAUACUGAGAAAAUGGUAGAAGACUGUGAGCAUAGGCUCCUGGAGCUCCAGUAUUUUAUAUCUCGUGACUGGAAGUUGGACACAGUCCUUUACCGCAAGUGUCAGGGGGAUGCUUCCCGCCUCUGCCAUACCCAUGGCUGGAAUGAGACCAGUGAGCUGAUGCCUCCAGGAGCUGUUUUCUCCUGCUUGUACAGGCAUGCAUAUCGCACAGAGGAGCAGGGAAGGAGGCUAUCACGAGAAUGUAGAGCAGAGGUCCAGAGAAUCCUUCAUCAGCGAGCCAUGGAUGUGAAGCUGGACCCAGCCCUCCAGGACAAGUGCAUGAUUGACUUGGGGAAGUGGUGCAGUGAAAAAACAGAGACAGGGCAGGAGCUGGAAUGCCUUCAGGACCAUCUUGAUGAUUUGGUGUCUGAUUGCAGAGACAUAGUGGGAAACCUCACUGAGCUGGAGUCUGAGGACAUUCAAAUUGAAGCCUUGCUGAUGAGAGCAUGUGAGCCCAUUAUCCAGACAUUCUGUCAUGAGGUUGCAGAUAACCAGAUUGAUUCUGGGGACCUGAUGGAGUGUCUAAUACAGAACAAGCACCAGAAGGAAAUGAAUGAAAAAUGUGCAAUCGGUGUUACUCAUUUCCAGCUGGUUCAAAUGAAAGAUUUUAGGUUCUCGUACAAGUUCAAAAUGGCUUGCAAGGAGGAUGUGCUGAAACUGUGCCCCAACAUCAAAAAAAAGGUGGAUGUGGUGAUCUGUCUGAGCACAACUGUGCGCAAUGAUACUUUGCAGGAUGCCAAGGAGCACAGGGUCUCUCUGAAGUGCCGCAAACAGCUGCGUGUUGAGGAGCUGGAGAUGACUGAGGAUAUCAGACUUGAACCAGAACUGUAUGAGGCUUGUAAAAGUGACAUCAAGAACUACUGCCAGAACGUGCCCUAUGGCAAUGCUCAGAUUAUUGAAUGCCUGAAAGAAAUCAAGAAGCAAUUGAGCACACGGUGCCACCAGAAGGUGUUUAAACUGCAGGAGACAGAGAUGAUGGACCCAGAACUGGACUACACACUCAUGAGGGUCUGCAAGCAGAUGAUCAAGCGGUUUUGUCCAGAGGCGGAUUCAAAAAACAUGUUGCAGUGCUUGAAACAAAACAAGAACAGUGAAGUGAUGGAUCCUAAAUGCAAGCAGAUGAUUACCAAGCGCCAGAUUACACAGAACACAGAUUACCGCCUAAACCCCGUGCUCAGGAAGGCAUGCAAAGCAGACAUACCAAAAUUCUGCCAAAAUAUCCUGAAUCGGGCCAAGGAUGAUACAGAGCUGGAAGGUCAAGUCAUCUCCUGCCUGAAGUUGAAAUAUGCAGACCAGCGUCUCUCUCCAGACUGCGAGGACCAAAUUCGAGUGAUAAUCCAGGAAUCAGCCCUUGAUUAUCGGCUGGAUCCCCAGCUUCAGAUGCACUGUUCUGAUGAGAUUUCCAGCUUGUGUGCAGAAGAAGCAGCAGCUCAGGAGCAGACUGGGCAGGUGGAAGAAUGUCUGAAAGUGAAUCUUCUGAAAAUAAAAACUGAGAUGUGCAAGAAGGAAGUGCUCAACAUGCUGAAGGAAAGCAAAGCAGAUAUCUUUGUUGAUCCAGUGCUCCACACGGCCUGUGCCCUAGACAUCAAACACCACUGUGCUGCCAUCCCGCCAGGGAGAGGACGCCAAAUGUCAUGCUUAAUGGAAGCUCUGGAAGAUAAGCGUGUGAGGUUGCAGCCUGAAUGCAAGAAACGCCUUAAUGAUCGUAUUGAAAUGUGGAGCUAUGCUGCAAAGGUUGCCCCAGCAGAAGGCUUUUCUGACCUUGCCAUGCAAGUUAUGACCUCUCCAUCCAAGAAUUACAUCCUGUCUGUGAUCACGGUUGGCAUCUGUGUACUCUUCCUCAUCGGCCUGAUGUGUGGACGCAUCACCAAGCGGGUGACAAGAGAGCUCAAGGACAGGUAGAGCCUGGAUUGCCUGCUGAAGAAAUGCCUGCCCAGUGCCCAGUUUUGUACAGCCCUCCUCUGUAUAGUCUACCCACCCCCUCUUGUGAGAGGAGAAUAUAAAAAAAAAAAAAAUUAGAAAAAAAAAUUAGAAAAGCAGCAGGUGUUGGCUCAGUUUUCCCAUCCUGGAUCUCAUCCAUGGCAUCUUCAUCCUAUGAAAGUUUGUGUGCAACAUUGGCAGCCCAGCCAGCAGCUUUUGUUACCCCUUUGUUAGCAGACUCUCGUUUACCUGCCUGUAGACAAGUCUCUGUUGUACUGUUGGAACUGCCUUCACUCUCCAAAUCAGACUGAUAUGACCUGCAGCUCAAGCAGUUUUUAAGUAAAUUUUUAAAGACAGACAUAUUCUGCAUACCGACUACAUGAUUUAGGUAAUGGUUCAUACUGAAAUCUAGUCAUCCUCUGUGGCUGGGUGAAGUUGAGGCAGGAAAUUAAAGGGUAAAUUGCAUCUUACACCACAGCUGGCCUUGUUUUGGACAUCUUGCUCGUCUGUGUAAAGCAUCUUCAGAGCAUAGUCUUGGACAACCUAAGGACACCAAUCACUGGUGUCAUCUCCUAGUGAAUAUCCUGCUUAUGUGACUGUGGAUUUUUUUGGCUGAAAAGAUGUCCUUCCUUUCUUCCUCUGCUGCUCGCAAGAUAGAAUAAAAUACUGACCAGGAUUGAA